AUGCGACUGUUAUCAGAACAGUUGAAGAAGAAUGCGAAGGGAGCACUUGGAAGGAAAGUGAAAUGGAGGAACAUAGGAAUGUUUCAGUAUUCAACUAAGAUAAGUCCGAUAGAAAUAUCUAAAGUUUUGGAAAAGAAAUUUGAAAACUUUAAUUUUAAGACAUCUGCAAAUGAAGUAGGAUAUGUUCUAAGUGUAGGUGAUGGAAUAUGUAGAGCGUUUGGAUUGAAUAAUGUGAAAUCUUCAGAAUUACUUGAAAUUCAUAGCAGUGAUGACUCAGCCGGGGGUAGUAGUAGUAGUGGUAGUAGUAGCAGUACCAAUAUGGAUAACGUGAAUCGUGUGAGUGGAAGUGAAAGUGGCAAAGAAAACAUAACGUAUGGAAUGGCAACGAAUUUGGAGUAUGAUAAUGUAGGUGUAGUUAUUUUUGGAAAUGAUAGGAAUAUAAAGGAAGGAGAUAUUAUUAAAAGAACAAACAGAAUUAUUGAUGUGAAUGUUGGAUAUGAAUUACUGGGGAGAGUUGUUGACGGAUUAGGAAAUGAAAUAGAUGGUGAAAAACCGAUUCAGACAAAAGAGAGAAGAAAAAUAGAAAUAAAGGCACCUGGAAUUAUAGCACGUAAAAGUGUAAACGAAUCCAUUAUCACAGGUAUUAAAUGUAUUGAUAGUUUAGUACCCAUAGGGAGAGGACAGAGAGAAUUAAUAAUAGGAGAUCGACAAACAGGAAAAACAGCCAUAGCUAUUGAUACUAUAAUUCAUCAAAAAAAUGUAAAUGAACAGGUAUCAGAUAAUGAGAAGGUUUAUUGUAUAUAUGUUGCUAUUGGCCAGAAGAAAAGUAACAUUGCAAAAUUAGUUAAUCUUUUAAAAAAAUAUGAUGCUAUGAAAUAUACCAUUAUUGUUAAUUCCAGUGCCUCUGAUGCGUCUCCACUUCAGUUUUUGGCACCCUAUACAGGAUGUGCUAUGGCUGAAUAUUUCAGAGAUAAUGGAAAGCAUGCAUUAAUAAUUUUUGAUGAUCUAAGUAAACAAGCCGUUGCCUAUAGACAGCUUUCCUUACUUUUAAGAAGACCACCAGGGAGAGAAGCAUAUCCAGGAGAUAUUUUUUAUAUUCAUUCAAAACUUUUGGAAAGAUCAUCUAAAUUGAAUGAUACAUUAAAAGGGGGAAGUUUAACUGCCUUACCAAUUAUUGAAACAUUGAAUAAUGACGUAUCAGCAUAUAUUCCUACAAAUGUUAUUUCCAUUACAGAUGGGCAAAUUUUUCUCGAGAGUGAACUCUUUUAUAAGGGAAUUAUUCCUGCUAUUAAUGUCGGAUUGAGUGUAUCCAGAAUUGGAAGUAGUGCACAAUAUAAAUGCAUGAAAAAGUUAGCAUCUUCUAUGAAAUUAGAACUAGCCCAAUUUAGAGAAAUUGUAGCCUUUUCGCAAUUUGGAUCUGAUUUAGAUGCAUCCACCAAAAAGCUAAUCGAGAAGGGGAAGAUUCUAACAGAAAUAUUGAAGCAGAAACAGUAUUCCCCAGUCAGCAUAAGCUAUCAGAUAUGUCUCAUAUAUGCCGCCACGAAGGACUAUCUGGCUAGCCUUUCCAUCGACAAGGUGCAGGACUUUGAGAAGCAGUACUUUGAGUACCUGGAUAACAACUACGUCGACGUUCUGAAGAAAAUUCAGGCCAACUGCGACUUGUCUGAGGUGGAGGAGCAGAUCAAGGAGAGCAUCCAGCGCUUCUUGGAGAUCUACAAGGGCGAGUGA